AUGGAUGUGAAGUUGCCAGACUUGGCUGAUUUUCAUUUCAAUGCGAGUAUGAGCACCAAGGAAUGCCAAGCAGAGUGCUUUAAGAAGUGUGAUUGCAUGGCAUAUGCUAAUUCUAAUGUUAGUGGAGAAGGCAGUAGUAAUGGUGGCACCGGCUGUUUGCUGUGGUAUGGGGAUUUGAUUGAUAUUAAAGGUUUCACAGAAGAAAGUAGAAGACAAGAUGUCUAUAUACGACUGGCUGCUUCAGAACUUGAAUCAAUUUAUAACUCAGAUAAGAAGAGAAAGUUGGCUAUCAUCCUUUCACUAUCAAUCGCUUUUGGAAUGCUUACUCUUGGGUUAGUCUUCUAUUGUGUAGUUUCGAAGAAGAGGAGAAUUAUGACAGGCUUGGAAAGCAAGAGGUAUGACACAGAGGUGCCGUUUUUUUAUUUUGAAACAAUCAUUGCCGCUACAGAUAACUUCUCUGAUGCAAAUAAGAUUGGAGCAGGUGGAUUUGGAUCUGUUUAUAAGGGCAACCUACCUACAGGAGAAGGUAUUGCAGUGAAGAGACUGUCAAGAAAUUCAGGUCAAGGUCUUUCAGAGUUCAAGAAUGAAGUUGUUCUGAUUGCCAAACUUCAGCACAGGAAUCUCGUCAGGCUUUUUGGCUACUGUGUUCAUGGAGAGGAAAGGAUUUUAAUCUAUGAGUACAUGCCCCACAAAAGCUUGGAUUAUUUUAUAUUCGAUAAUACUAGAUGUAAACUACUCUCAUGGCAAAAGCACUUCGACAUUGUUUUGGGGAUUGCUCGCGGACUUCUAUAUCUCCACCAGGACUCAAGGCUGCAAAUUAUUCACAGGGACCUUAAAGCAAGCAAUAUUUUGCUAGACAGCAACUUUAAUCCGAAAGUUUCAGAUUUUGGCUUGGCGAGGACCUUUGGUGGGGAUGAAGAUGAAGCAAAAACAAACCGAGUUGUUGGAACCUAUGGCUACAUGUCUCCAGAGUAUGCGGUUGAUGGAACAUUUUCAUCAAAAUCCGAUGUCUUUAGCUUGGGAGUGAUUUUGUUAGAGAUUGUUAGUGGCAAGAAGAACAGAAAAUUCUAUCAACCAGAUCAUCGCCAUAACCUCCUAGGACAUGCAUGGUUACUGUGGAAUGAGAACAGGGGCAUGGAACUAAUGGGUGAAUGUGAGAUGGCUUCUUUCAACAAAUCUCAAGUAUUAAGAUGUAUUCAUGUGGGUUUACUAUGCGUCCAGAAUUACCCAGAAGACAGGCCAGCCAUGUCAUCAGUGGUUUUCAUGUUGGCAAAUGACCAAGCUAUUUUGCCUCAUCCUAAACACCCUGGUUUCUUCACAGAGUCAAGUUCCUCUAAUGCAGAUGAAACAUCAGGAAGUGAAAAAAUCCUCAGCCAAAAUGCUGUCACUAUUACUACAAUGCAAGCAAGAUAA